AUGUACUCGGUCCAGCAGGAGCAGCUGCAAACAGCCGGCCAGCAUGCGCUGGUCGGCGACACCAACACCCCGGACGGCGAGAAGAAUGGCUUCCAGCAAACUACGCUCGGUGACUCGUCUGACCCCGAUUCCGAAGCCGAGGACAAGAAAUUCCAACAAGGUGUCCGCCGCGUCCGCGCCAUCACCUCUGUCUGGUCCAAGAAGACACUGGUCUCCAUGUUCGUCAUGCUCUAUCUAAUCUCCUUCGUUGACACCCUAUUCAACUACGUCGACUCUGCGCUCAACCCAUUCAUCACGUCUUCCUUUGGCAGCCAUGGCCUCCUCAAUAUUGGCAGCAUCCUGGCUACGAUUCUUGGCGGCUGCUUACCUCUCCCACUCGCCAAAGUCAUUGACAUUUGGGGUCGCGUCGAGGGCUUUUGCAUCAUGAUGACCAUCUGCAUCUGCGGCAUGAUUUUGAAGGCGACCUGCAACAGUGUCCAAAUGUACAUUGGCGGCCACAUUAUGUACUGGACUGGCCACAUCGGCGUAAUCUAUGUCAUUACUGUCAUGUUGGCCGACAUGACGACCCUGACCAACCGGGCCAUUAUCUACGGCAUCCAGCAGACACCGCGAAUUGUGGCCACCUUUGUCAGCCCUCGCAUUGCCGACGCCUUCUACAAACACGUCAACUUCCGCUGGGCCUAUGGCAGUUUCAUCAUCAUUCUCGUCGCCUGCAGCAUGCCCGCUAUGGGCAACAUGGUGUACAUGUUCAAGUCAGCAACAAAGAAGGGCGUCAUUGAGCGCAAAAGAUCCGGAAUGUCUUUUUUCGAGGCGAUCAAAUUCUACAGCGUCCAAUUUGACCUUUUCGGCAUCUUGCUGCUCUGUGGCGCCCUCUCCUGCCUUCUCUUGCCGUACAGUCUGGCUGCGUAUGCACCCAACUACUGGUCGACGCCGUACAUCAUCGCCAUGGAGGUAGUUGGUGUCGUUCUUAUCCCAUGCUUUUAUGUAUGGGAGGCCAAGUUUGCGCCCGUCCAAUUCCUUCCUUUUGAGUACCUCAAGCAAGGAACUAUCAUUGGGUCGUGCAUCCUGAGUGGAAUCAUGUUCCUCUCUACUUUCAUCUGGAACGCCUAUUUCGGCUCUUACCUCCAGGUGGUGAACAGACAGAGCAUCUCCAAUGCCAACUACAUCCUGAACGCAUACUCGCUCACCUCCUCCGUGUUCGCACCCUUGAUCGGAUGGUUCAUCAGCUAUACCGGCAACAUCAAGUGGACAGCCUACGUUGGCGUUCCUAUCAUGCUUCUUGGAACCGCCUUGAUCAUCCCUCUCCGCGAGCCCGACACGAAUCCUGGCGUCCUGGCUUUCACUCAGAUCCUCGUCGGCUUUGGCGCGGGCAUCUUUUCGGUCACUGCUCAGGUCGCUGUGAUGGCCCCUGUUAGCCACCAGUAUCUUGCUGUCACGACUGCGCUCCAGGGACUGUUUGGCGGUGUCGGUUCGUCAGUUGGGUAUGCAAUCGCCGGUGCGUUGUGGAACAACAUCCUUCCUACGCAGCUGUACGAGCGUUUGCCCGAGUCCUCCAAGGGUGAUGCUGCCACGAUUUUUGGCGACAUUGUGCUGCAAAUGUCUUUCGCCGACGGCACACCUGAACGAGAGGCCAUUGUUGGUGCUUAUGCCCAUGUCAUGAGGCUCAUGGUCAUUGCUGGUGCCAGCACAAUGCCCUUGUGUUUCCUGUCCAUCUUCAUUUGGAGGAACAUUAACAUUCGGAAGCUCGAGGAAGAGAAGGGCAAGCAGACCAAGGGCAUGGUAUUCUAG